CACGUUGACCAAUCAGAGACGACGGUGGUGGAAACCGGUAACAAGAAGACGGAAAACAGCAAAAGUUUAUUUAGUAACGACGGACAGUGAAAUAAUUAACCUUUUAUACAUGUAUGAAGUGUUUCUAAACGUGGCUAUGACUUGUCGAAGUACCACUAAGGUCUUCAGGAAUGAUUUAUAUUAAAUGCCCCGUAAAGCUGCAAAGACAGACAAGCCUCCCCUGCUGUUCCUGGAGCGGUCUUUGAGUGGAGCCAGACUCCAAAAUGUGCCUGAAGUCCGAGCAGCACUCAACCCCAGAGAUUUCUUCAGAGAGACACCAGAGCACAACAGCUCAGCUCUUAACUCUUGGGUGAGCCCACAGUUUGACAGUUCAGUUCCCAUACCUCCGGUGAGACGAGGGAGGAGAAAAUGCCAAUCUGCCACCAGCGUCCUCGACAGUGUCAGCCAGCUGUCCAGGAAAGGCAGUGUGUGCAGAUUCCCCUCAUUAACGUUUCAGACAAGGUCAAGUGACCAGUCUCAUAAACCAAAGAGAACACAUGCAAAGAAAGCUACUGAAUGUGCUGUUGCAUCUGAUGUGGGAAACCAACCAAGUGGAUCACGCCAAAAUACAAGAACAGUGUCGAGUGUGACCCCAAAGAGACAGACGGCCUCAAUCAGAAAAAGAAACGUGCAAAGAUUUUCUGAUGGCGCUGCAUCCACCAGCAGAUGUUUGGACCGCCCUGAAACCCCAUCUGCUCAAGUGACACAUAGCUGCGGAGGCCCAGCAGUAGAUGGUGCUUCAACACCUGCCUCCAAUGAGUUCAGUGGUGUUUCUCCACCACCUGAUGUGGACACUCCAAAAGUAAUACAAGAAGGGAGCAGUGGUGCCUCCUCUGCCGCUCUGCACUUGCUGCUGCCUCAGUCAGGCACGCCACCAUGCAAUCAGCCGCCUGACAUUUUGGUGGCCGACACACCAGAGAGGGAUUAUGGGGUGAAGGUGACAUGGAGGAGGAGGAGGGGUUUGAUGUUGUUGUACAAAGAGAGGGGCCACCUCUCUGAUUCAGAUGUGUUAACUUGCAGCUGAUGUAGACAGCUGGUGAAGAUUAGACAUGGUGUUAUCAGAGAUGAGAUGGAUGGAUUGUUCAUUGGACCCCUUCUGUGACCAAAAAUUCAAUCCAUGGACUAUUUUUAUGCACUGAACAGAGCUGCAAAAUUGUUAAGUGCUUAUGAAAUCUCACUUCGCAGACUGCUUAUUAUUAUUAUUUUUUAACUUUGACUGAACCUCAUAAUGAUAAGACAACCACAUUAUGAAAUGACAAUGUCACCCAUUCCCUCUGCACAGCCCAGGUAGUUAUUGCCGUAAAUCAACUCAUAUAAUGAACUAAUCACAUUUGCAAUAAUUACUGUAAUAUCCCAGGUGCAAGCUUUUUUCCAUGAGGGAGCAUAUUGUUUACAGAUUAUGUUGCAAAUCAGGGGACAGAGCUUAAACUCAUGCAACACACACCUGUUGUGUCUUCUUGUGCUUCAGCAUUGUUAAUGGCAGAUUGAUGAGCAAAGAUCGUGUCCCUUUAGACUGUAGCUGAUAUCGCAUCCCCCCAUUUAGAGUUAACACAAUAUGAUUUUGUCAGUGAUGUGUAAUCUUGAAGGGUGCUGCUGCUGGUGAUUGUGAGCAAUGCUGUGUAUAUCUUUUUUAUGUUUAUAUAAAAUAUAUGGAAUUGUUGUCCAACUAAAUGCAUACACUUUGUUUAUCAUGAUUUCUCUCAGCCUACAAUUAGUGAUGAGAUGGCAGGAAUACAAAGUAAGAUAAUUUAUUUAGUCAAUCUGCAUCAUUACAGCAGCAAAGAGGAUAACAAAAAGAAAGCAUCAAUUAAAACAGCACUAAUGGAUAAGGAAAAAUAUAUCAGUAAAAAACCACUGGAAACAUAAACAAUAUGAGUAAAGGAGGAAUAUUAAAACUUGAAGGAAGAACCUAUAAUAAAGAACAAACAAUA